AUAAACGAAAAUCAAAAAAAUUGCUAGAAGUUGUGUUGAUAUCGAUUUUUAUGUCGCAGGAUUUAAGGUUUUGUAAAAAAAAUAGACAUCUUAUGAAUGAUAUAGUGUGUAACAUUAAAAAUAGUUCUCUUGCAAAAUAUUAUACUUGGCUCGGUGUCAGGGAAGAAUAGUGCGUUAUGGAUUUCGAUAGCCCUGACGUUGAAAAGGAUUUUCCCGGGCUGUACGCAUCGGAGACUGGUGGCAAAAGCAAGAAAGAUGACAAAGAUUUUGCUGAAGCCGACGCGGAAAAGGUGAGCAAGAAAGAACUUCUAAUUGGUCGCAGGAAGGACAAAAAAGAAAAGAAAACUGCGUAUGCCACUUUGGAAGGUGAAAGCUCUCCGGAGGAAGAAUUGGAAACGAAAAGCCCAUCAAAAUCUAAGAAAUCCAAGGCUUUCAAGUUUCCUUCAAAAAGUAAGGAAAAACGUGAGAAAUCUCGUGAAAAAGAAAAACCCGAGGGAUAUAAAAUAGAAGAUUCUAAACCACCAGAAAAACCAGAAAAAGAAAAGAAGAAAGAUAAAGAUAAGAAAGAGAAGGACAAAAAAGAUAAGUCAAAGGACAAGAAAGACAAAAAGUUAAAGCAAAGCAGCAUAAGCGAAGAAGUAUUAGAAUUAGGAGAUGCUCAGCCGAUUUUCGGAGUAUCGCUUGGACUAGCAGUAGAACGAAGUCGGUGCCAUGACGGUAUCAACCUCCCGUUGGUGGUUCGAGAUUGCAUUGACUACCUGCAAGACCACGGGCUACGAAGUGACCAAAUCUAUAAAGUAGAGGCUGUAAAAUCAAAGCUACAGCAACUGAAGAAGUUCUAUAACAAUCGCGACGGAAGCUACGUAGAUGAGUUUGACAUUCCCACCGCUUGUGGACUACUGAAGCUGUUUCUUCGUGAGCUUCCCGAACCGAUUUUGACCACUGAUUUAUCGACGCGGUUCGAGGAAGCUGCUUCGCACUCGCAGGUAUCACAGCAGGAACAGGAACUGGUGGGAUUGGUUGAGCAGCUGCCGAGCUGUAAUCGAACCCUGUUGGCGUGGGUAAUCCUUCAUCUGGACGCCGUCACCCAGAACGAGACUCACACGAAGAUGAACGCACAAAAUAUUGCGAUGUUGCUCAGUCCGACUUUGCAGAUGUCGCACCGCUUGUUUGUGGCUAUGCUGUGCUAUUGCAACCAUUUAUUUGCGGAAACGGAGCUUUUGAGAUAUGUUCCACCGAUUACUGCAUCAAGUCCUAAUCUGCCGGAAACACCGGAGGAAAUUUCUACCGAAUUGAGAAAACAGGAGAGCCUUUUGGCACAAAUACACGCCGAAAUGAAUGCAGGAUUUGUAUCGAAGAAACGAGAGGAGCAACUGUGGGAAGUGCAGCGAAUCAUUACACAGCUAAAUAGAAAACUUAAAUCGUUCGAGAAAAAAUCCGAUGGCGCUCAAAAAAGUUUGGAUGACACGGUGGAUGGCGACAUGUCCAUGGAUUUGCAAAAGGCUAAGCUGUCAUGUUCGGAUGACGAAUCUUCAAUUAAAACCGUUGCCGGCAUAUCGACCGAAUCCGCGACAAACACCGAGACGAAAAAUACUCCCCACGAGACGCCAGAAGAUUCUGCGUUAAUCGAACAGAAAAUAAGUGAGAUUGAAUCACCUGAACACAUAAAGUCGGACCCACCUCAGACCGUUGUUCCCAAAAAUGUCGACCCAGCGAGAGUAAGCGAUAAAGUCACUGUAACGGACAAUGGAUUCAUGCUGCUUCCAGAAAACCAUCCUGACUAUCUGCUUCUGAUUCGCCUACAGUUAGAGAAUCAAGAGUUACUAAACUGGAAGGCACAACUGCAGGCUCGAAUCAAUGCAGAGCGAGCAGAAAUUGUUCGAAUGAAGCGAUUGUUGGUCACCGAUAAUGGCGUAAUAAACCACGGUCCCAGUAGUUUGGACUGCAGCGUCAGUGACAACGAAGAUUACGAACGGUUGGUGGGCCAGUACGCCAAGGAAAAUGCUUUACUGGAGCAGAAGCGUCAAAUGCUGGCGAAGGAAAUUUUCGAGGAAAGUAAAGCUCUUAUUCAAAUGCAAGUUGACCUCGCAUUGAAUCGUUAUAAAAUAUGAAAUUGAACCCGUUGGAUUUAAUGAAGUAUCUCUCUAUGUAGAUUUAAGCGCAAUAUGGUUAAAUGCGUAUCAAAAACAUGUAUACUGUAAUAAACGUACCCUGUGGUUCUUGAAA